CUCCCGCCCCGUCCCGCCCCCUCGUCUCCUUCCCUCACGGCGGCGGUGGCGGGGAGGGAGAGCGGUGGGCGCUGCUGAUGGACGCGAGAGUCAGUGCUGAGGCGGAACCGCUCUUGCCCCCGCGGGGCUGGCGAGCCGGACGGGGACUCUGGCGGGCCCGCUCCUCUGGUGAGGACGGUACUGGAGCUGAUAAUGACCUUUAUAUAAACCAAGCCAUAGUAUUUAUUGAAGAUGCAAUACAGUAUCGAUCUAUAAAUCACCGUGUGGACUCCAGAUCCCUGUGGCUUUAUCGAUGGUACUAUUCAAGGACUUGCCAAUGGGUUUUGGGUUUAACCAUUACCAUAAUCCUGGCUUUGGCUUUCAUUGAAAAGCCUUCUUCGCUUACUAUCACGUCAGAUGUACGAUACCGCCUUCCUGCGUGGAACCCUCCAUGUGGCUUAACAGAAAGCAUUGAGCUGCUUUGCUUUCUUGUGUUCGUGGUAGAUGUAUCUGUGAAGAGUUACUUAAUUGGAUGGGAAGAAUUUUGGAAAAAUAAAUGGCUCAUGGCUUACAUACUGACACUGAUUGUUUCCCUUACUGAUUGGAUUGUGUCACUGAGCUUUUUCUGCAAAGAGAAUGUGAGAAUAAGGAGAAUUCUUCGUCCUUUCUUUCUCCUUCAGAAUUCUUCUAUGAUGAAGAAAACAUUAAAAAGCAUCAACAGCACGUUGCCUGAAAUGGCAAGUGUUCUUCUUCUGCUAGCUGUUCAUCUGUCUCUCUUCACCAUGUUUGCCAUGCUGCUGUUUGCUCGAACAAAGGAUGGCCAGCCAGAUAAGGAGUGGAUGGGAUAUUUCCGGAAUUUGCCAGAUUCACUGACAUCACUGCUGGUCCUGCUGACUACUGCAAAUAAUCCUGAUGUGAUGGUUCCUGCAUAUUCUAUGAAUCGAGCAUAUUCAAUCUUCUUCAUACUCUUCACUGUAUUAGGCAACUUGUUUCUGAUGAACUUGCUUACAGCAAUAAUAUACAACCAGUUUCGAGGAUAUCUUCUGAAAUCGGUUCAGUCCUCUCUCUUCAGGAGGCGACUGGGAAUCCGGGCUGCGUUUGAAGUGCUUUCUUCCCUGAAGGAGACUCCUGCUAAUGCACAACAGUCCUACGUCAGCACUGGGGCCUUACUGCAAGUGCUGCAGAAAGUUGAAAUGGAUUCUCGCUGCAAGCAAGCCAUCAUGAGAUCACUCAAAAUGUGCUCCAGUGAUCAGCUGUCAGCUGCCCAGUUUCAGAAGCUCUUUGAAGAACUAGACAAAGAUGCCAUUAAGCAGCAUCCUCCCAGUCCAGAAUACCAAUCCGAUUUUAUGCAGAAAAUGCAGUUUGCCUUUGGCCAUCCCUACUUUGGCUACUUAGGGAAUGUUGUAGCCCUUGCAAAUAUAAUUUCUAUCUGUGUGGUUUUGGUGUUGGAUGCAGAUAAGCAGCCAUCUGAAAGAGAUGACUUCUUCCUGGGGGCUAUCAACUGCUUUUUCAUCCUAUACUAUCUGCUGGAAAUGUUGCUGAAAAUCUUAGCAAUGGGCUUGAAAAGAUACUUGUCAUACCCAAGCAAUAGAUUUGAUGGACUUCUGACAGUAAUUUUGUUGAUUUUGGAGAUAGCAACUUUUGCUGUGUAUGGAUUUCCUCAUCAUGGUUGGAGACCCGAGUUCAUGGGCUUAUUAUCCCUGUGGGAUAUGGUGCGAUUGGUGAACAUGUUAAUUGUGUUCCGGUUCCUGCGGAUUAUUCCUAAUAUGAAGUUCAUGUCUUUGGUUGUUACUACAUUGCUGGAUCUGGUAAAAAACUUGAGAGCCUUUGCUGGAAUCCUUAUGGUGGUUUUCUAUGCCUUUGCUAUAACUGGCAUAAUGCUAUUUGAAGGUGCUGUUGUUCCCUUGGGCAAUACCAGUGCUGUCAAUACAACCUAUGGUAAUGGCACUCUGCAGUGUGGGACCUAUGAGCAGCUGGAAUAUUGGCCCAACAACUUUGAUGACUUUGCAGCAGCAGUGGUGACCCUCUGGGAUGUGAUGGUGGUGAACAACUGGCAAGUCUUUUUGGAAGCGUUUUCGAGAUAUUCAAGUCCGUGGGCAAAGAUAUAUUUUGUAGCCUGGUGGUUGAUCUCCUCUGUCAUCUGGGUUAAUCUCUUCGUAGCUUUACUUCUAGAGAACUUUAUUCACAAAUGGGACCGUCGGUGUCAUCGAGAGUCUCUUUCAGAUAUUGAAUACCAGAGAACAGUUGAACUCAUGUUCAGAGAUGUUUUGGAAGAACCUACAGAGGAAGAAUUGAUGGAAAAACUACACCAGCAUCCACACCUGCAGUUAUGUAGGUGACUGAUGGGAAAGGACUGAUUUAUUUAGACCUCUGUUUUCUUGAGGUCGUCAGCUGGACAAAACUGAAUGGAUGUUCUGUGAGGUGCUUUUAGGAGAAAGGCUUGUAGGACACUAUGUGAAGUUUUGCUUGGCAGUUCUCUGUGGAAAGAGGGUUUUUACUUUUGAUUCCUAUCUUUUUUUGAAAAAGAUUUGAAUCCUCUCAUUUGACUUGCUUUUAAGUUGCAAUUUUAAUGUUCCAGCAGUUAUUUUUUUAUAAACUGUUGAUAUCAGAAUGUUUUAUUUUCUCUGUUUUUUCUUUUUAAGAAGUGAAAGUGUGUUUAAAAUGACAGUGCACUUUAAAACAUGAACUCUGUAACCACUAAGCCUGCUACUUAUUUCAGCACAAGAAAAACGGAACUGCCUUUUUGUAUAGGUGAGUGUGGCAAGGGCUGUGCCCUGCAAUUCGUAAGUGGAUUAGGCAGGACCAGAGCAAAAUCCUUAAUCUUUUUUUGUAAUAAGAAUUGAAACACUUAUGUUUACUGAAAUAUGACACCAGCAUAUCUCACCAAAUCAUCACUUCAGAACAUAUCAAUUUAAACUCAGUAAUGGGAAUGCCUGCUUCGCGCAGCCUCUCUGUUUUUGAUCCAGGGUAUGUGCUGGUUGCAUCAUGCUGGUAACUUUGAGAGCAGUUGUAACUUGGAAUGGAGCAUAUUGCACUCAUGAUUUUGAAUGUGGUGGAACUGAACUCGUUUAGAGUAAAUAUUCUCACGUUGCUUUUUAAUGAACCUCUUCCUCUUACUUUCUUCUAAGUCCUUUUCUGUGCUGUAUCAUAUUCCAUGAAAAAGCUGAGGGGAAUGAGCUUUGGCCAGAUUGUAGCACCAUGGUCACUGCAAGUCUCUCACUUAAAGCUGGGAGAAAGGCUCAAUGGGAUAAUUAAAGUGCUUAGCAGUUCAAAUUUUCACUCAAGUCUGUGGGAGUUUAAAGUAUUGCUAGACCACAUUUGUUCAUAACUUAAUGACCACAUGGUUAAACCGCUAACUUUCACCUGGGUAGUACUUUUUGGGUAAAUCACUUUGUCAACAAAUCCAAAGUUGUGGAUUAGCAGUAAGCUAUGUCCCUGUGCUUUUCAUGAUUCCUUUGUGUUCCUUUAAAAAAGGUGGUUUUGUCUGAGUCUUUAUCACUUAACUAGUAAAUAACUGUGAAGAACAGAAUCAAUCCCAACUACUAUUUUUAUAUGUAAAAGUGCAACUAUCCUUUGGGGUUGUGCCUUGUCAUAGAAACCCUUGUCACUGAAAUAGACAUUAUUGCAAUCAUCCUUGCAUUGACAGAGGCUUGGGGAAGGUAAUUGGCCACAAAACACUGCUGCUAUCUGCAAGUUAUUUGAUCCUUUUUUAGAAAACAAAACCAGUCUUUUUCAAGUACCAAGUAGUCAUCCUGUAUACUUUUCCUCUUUUUUUUGUCUUUCAUCAUUUCUUUCCUGCACAAAGAAGAUGAAAAUAUAAAAAACAGUGAUUCUUGCUGUUUCUUUAUCUUCUGCUUAUAUUUUCCUUGUGCUGUGGAACAAAAUGCGAUGUAGCUUGCAUAUGUGUAGAAAAAGUCUGAACUGAGUUCUGAGCCACUCCAGCAAUCUUUCCUUAAUUUUGUAGUCUUGCGUCUUAACCAUGCUUCUGUCUCUGAUCAGAAAAAUCCACCCAGUAACUCACUGCACUGGUUUCAGUGGCAUUACCAUCCUUAUUUUCAGUCAUAUACAUAGGACAUGCAGCAUGGCAAAUAAAGGCAUCAGCACACGGUUUUUCUAGAGUUGAGCUUGUUUUUUCUGUAUAUGUUUUUGUGUCGGGAUCAUUUCUGCUUGUUCUAGCAUGAUGUAAUCACUGCCACCAAUUUAUUGGCACUUACUAACAGAGGCUCAAUACUCUAUUUUACCUUUUUACUUGAAACGUUUUUGUUUUCCCGUUUUCUGAGUACUCAGAGAGGUAGUUUUGCCUUGCCAAGAAUGAAGUGUCUGGUUCUUAUCUACCCGCAAGGUUAAUUUUGUCUCUUAAGAUUGUCUGGAUGUGGGUUUUAUUUUUGCCAUUCCAUUCCACCGCAGUCUACCAAAGGAGCACAAAUUGGUGUAGGAUUAUCAUAAGCAUCACAAAUGUUUCCAUUAUGCAGUCUUUGCAUCUGGAUGAAGUGAUGUGAAGGCGACUUUCUGAUGGGCAUUGGCUUAGUUUUGUUCUUAGUUCACAUUUUUGUGUAACUUGACUGAAAGUGUAACUAGAAUUUAAGACAAAAUUGUAGUACUUCAUGUCACUUUGUACUGGGAUAUGUAGAUGACCUAAUGGUGUUAUGCAAUAAUUGUAUAAAUCAUGAAAAUGAGUGUGUGUAACUAGGUAAAAUGAUGUUUGCAUUAUUAAAAAAAAACCUCCCUUCUCUUUCUUAUA